CAAUAGCGAGCGCUGUGGGCUUUGCCGCUGCACCAGGAGGCGGCGCUAUUUCAGAGGGACAGCAAGAGCUUGAGCUUCUGGAGAUAGGAAGGGCAGUUUGGCUGAGAGAGCCGAAAGACACGUUAAUUCUUAUAUCCCUCAUCUACACUGUGACCGGUUCAUCAUGUCUGACAGAAAGGCUGUUAUCAAGAAUGCUGACAUGUCUGAAGACAUGCAGCAAGAUGCUGUUGACUGUGCCACGCAGGCAAUGGAGAAGUAUAACAUUGAGAAAGACAUUGCUGCCUAUAUCAAGAAGGAAUUUGAUAAGAAAUACAAUCCAACUUGGCACUGCAUUGUUGGCAGAAACUUUGGCAGCUAUGUAACACACGAAACAAAGCACUUCAUCUACUUUUAUUUGGGCCAAGUUGCAAUUCUCCUCUUUAAGUCUGGCUAGGAGAAGGAAAAUAUUAUGUGGUGGACUGUAAUGCACUGAUGGCUGAAGCCAGGAUCCUGUCUAAUAUGGCUGUGCAGCUGCAUGGACUGUAUACUAUAUUUAAUGUGUAUAUGUUGCAGUAAAAAUUGACUUCUGUUUAGUUGCCUGGAGAGAAGGCGGCUUUAUUUUGUUACUGCUUUUUUUUUUUUUUUUUUUUUUUCCUUUUUCCCCCCCCAUUUUUGUUGUCAUGCACUUGGGGAAAAUGUAAAUGCUUUAUAAUGGCCUUUAAAUGGGAAGAAAACAAAUAAACUAUUCUACAUCAAA